AAUCUGAAUGAUCUGAACAUUGCAAGCCUGUAAACGCGGUUUAUAUAUAUUUUUGGGCUUUUGAAUUUCUGCAAUGUCGACGUUGGGAACGAGCUAUUACAUUGAGGCUCCUGUUCUUCCCGAGCAGGAAGAUAUGGCACCGAGGUACUCGUCAGCUGCAGGGGUGGAGCAGGCGAUGCUCACCGAAUAUGGCGGACAGGAAUCUUGCACUUUGCAGGCGAAAUCUUCUAUUUUUGGUGGAUCUUGGAGUCCCAUCUCGACCCACCCUCCGAACACAGCCACUCCGACCUAUAUACACCACCACUACACCAACGGGGACAGCGAUGGUAUGUUUACGCGUUCCUGGGCGUUGGAUCCGGUCUCUGCGUCCCUGUGUUUGACGGGAUUACCGUCGACGGCCAUGCAUUAUGAGAUAAAACCCGAGCCUCGGAUUGGAAGUGCUGAAUGUACAACUUUGGAGACGCACACACCUCUUUUGUCUGACAUUGAAAACGGAGCGUCCCUUGUGGAGAUUCCCUGCCAACCCACAUCCACGUCUAAAGCCACUGAAAGGAGCCCGUCAGCAGAGGACGAUCUCAAGAGGGAGAUAGAAGCAAAUAACCCAUCGUCCAACUGGCUUCAUGCAAAGCCCACCAGAAAAAAGCGUUGUCCAUAUACAAAGUACCAAAUCCUCGAACUGGAAAAGGAGUUUCUGUUUAACAUGUACCUCCCCCGGGAUCGUAGAUACGAAAUAGCGAGAGCCCUGAGUUUGACCGAGAGACAGGUGAAAAUCUGGUUUCAGAACCGCAGGAUGAAGAUGAAGAAAGACAACAAAGACCGGCAGAGAGACAGUUAACUUUGGACUGAUGCUGGAUUAGAGAGGGGAGGAGGGGGGAGAGGGGGAGUCUGUCUUUAAUAUUCCUGACCUGUUACACAUGUUGUUGUAAAGUUUGUGUAGUUAAACAAUGCUGGAUGUUAUUGUUUACUAUGGUGUCCAGUGUUUCAUGUUUGUGAGAGGACAAAGCGUCUCGUCAGAGUUUAGAUGUGUUGUAUUUGACGCACAGAAAUAGUGAGUAGGUCGUUUGUUAUUUGCAUGAAAUGAUCCUUGACUACCUGAAUGUAUUUCAGCUACCUAUUUGCAUUGUUUAAGUUAUUGUUUUUGCAAUCUAGAUGUUUUAUAUCCGUCUGUUUUGUUCCAUUUGUGCACACUUCAAAUACCUCAUCCGUUCCUUGUUUCAUGCAAAAAUAAAAAGUAGUUUGUAUA